AUGAAUGAGGAGGAGCUGCGCUCGGAGCUGGAGGGGUUGGCGCUCCUGCUGGACCAGUUCUCGCGCUGGGAGCAGCAGGUGGAGAGCGACCUGGGCGUGUCGCAGCGCGUCACGGAGAAGGCAGCCAAGGACAAGGCACUGCUGGCCGCUGAGAAGAGGAAGCAGGACGAGCUGAUGCUGCGCCUGACGCGCGAGCUGCUGCGCCUGAGGGCCGGCGCGGAGCGGCUGGACGCGCAGCUGGCGCUCAAGGAGCGGGAGGCGGCCGAGCUGGGCCAGCUGGCGGCGGACGGCGGCGCGGACCUGAGCGCGGCGCGGGAGGAGGCGGGCCGGCUGGCGCAGGCCUGGGGCAGCGUGGUGGCCAGCCUGGAGCACCGCGACCGCGCGCUGAUGGCCGUCCAGGGACAGCUCGGGAAGCUGCAGGAGCGCCUGGCGACGCUGGGCAGCGAGGUGGAGAGCUACAAGCGGUCGGCGGACGCGGAGAUGGCGACCGGCGAGCGGCUGACGCUCCUGGCGCACCGGCGCGACGCCGAGGUCCGCGAGCUGCGGCGCCAGCUCGGCGCGGAGGCGGGCCGCCAGGGGAGCCACGAGGCGCAGCUCUGCGCGCUCGCGGACGUGCUGUCCGCCGCCGAGGAGGGUCUGCAGGAGGCGCUACUCGAGCAGCGCGAGCUGGCGCGGGACGAGCGCGCCGCGCAGCAGGAAGCGGAGAAGCUGGCCUCUGAGAAGCUGCGCCUGCAGGCAGAGGUGAUGGACCGGCUGCAGCAGCAGAGCGCGCACGACAAGACCGCGCAGCACGUCAACAAGCUGGUGGUGCGGCUGAGGGAGAGCACCCGCGCCCAGGAGCGCGACAUGGUGGCGGCAGAGAACGAGCUGUCGAAGCUGUCGCUGGGCGCGGAGCAGCAGCGGGCGGGCAACGAGGCGCGGCGCCAGGCGUUGGCAGAGGCGCGGCGCGAGGUGGGCGCGCAGGAGGAGAGCAUGAGGCGGCUGGAGAAGGAGCUGGCGGCCGCGCAGGUGGGCGUGGCCAAGCGCCAGGCCGCCGUGGUGGCCCUCGGCAACCGGCUGGAGGCCGUCGUCGCCAGGACCGGGACGGCGGAGAAGUCCCCCGCGGAGCUGAGGAUCGCAGCGCUGGCCCAGGAGGUCACGGAGACGGCACGAAGCACGGACGAGCUGCAGCACGCGUGGCUGCGUCGCCAGGCGCGCAUCGUGCAGCUGACGCAGCGCGCCGGCGAGCAGUUCGAGCGCACGGACCUGCUGCGCAAACAGGUGGUGGUGAAGGAGCAGAGCUGCGCCCGGCUCGAGCGCGACGCGGCGUCGCUGGAGCGCGAGGAGCGGCAGCUGGCGCGGUCCGUGCGCGCGCUGCAGCACGCCCUGGCGGGGCUGGACGAGCAGCUGUGGCAGCGGCGCGGCCACAAGGACGUGCUGGACCGGGACAACGUCUCAGCCACCAGCGAGUUCCUGGCCUACCUCAAGGAGUGCGAGGGCGCGCACGCGGAACUGCGCGCGGAGCUGGACGAACUGCACGGCGACCAGGACCGGCUGCGCGCGGAGCUGCUGGGGCUGCAGCGCGACUGCCUGGCCUGGGAGAAGAAGCUGCGCCUGGCCACGGACACCAAGCAGAGCAUCGCGCGCGAGCACGGCAGUCGCGGCGACGUGGGCGCCAUGCGCGCCGAGAUACACCGCAUGGAGGUGCGCUACUCCCAGCUGAGGAAGGUGCAGGAGCGGCUGGCGCAGGACCUGGAGCACUGCGUGUCGCGCCGCGCCAUCUUCGUGAGCGCCGCGCAGGCGCGCGAGAAGAGGCUGCAGAGGGCCGCGCCCGUCGCGCGCGCCGCGUUCUGCGGCAAGCUGGACGACCUGGCCGCGCGGAUCAGGCGCACCCUGGCCGAUGCGAGCGCGGCGGAGGAGGAGAAGCGCGCGGCCGAGCGCCGCCAGCAGCAGCUGCUGCAGCAGCUGACGGCGGAGCAGCAGCGGCUGGACCAGCUGCGCGACGAGGCAGCGCGGCUUGAGGGCCAGCUGCAGGCAUGCUGGCUGCACAAGCAGAAGAACCUGGAGCUGCUGGUGCGCAGACAGCGCCGGCUGCGCAUGCUGGAGGACGUGCGGCGCGGGCGGCACAAGCUGCUGUGCCGCAGCGAGGCCGCGCUGGGCGCGGAGCAGCAGAAGCAGGCCGCGACGCGCGCCGGCCUCUCCGCCGUGCUGGAGUCCUUGCUGGCUGACUUCCCCACGCUCGCGCUGCAGUUCUCGCGCAUCCUCAACUACCUGCGCCCGUGACGACUCCCGCGCUUCGUGCUCCGCGCUCCCCGUGCAUGCAAAAUUACCGGCCGCUGCUACAUCUUUAUACUUGCUUUGUCUUCCCUUUACACACCUGUUGACCGAUGCCUGGAGACCAGUUACCUCAGACACUUCGUCAUGACUGUCCCUAAAGAUGGUAUUCUUGUAAUAAUAUUUAUCCCCCCCUCGAAACACCGCUCAACAACCUCACCUGUUAAUAAUA